AGGAGUGGAGAGAGAAGGAAUGCUACACCUGUAAGAGAUGGUAUAAAGCUACUACAGCCUGGUGCCAUCUGCGGCAGGAAUAAAGUUGUAUCGGAUAUUGAGAUGGACAGAGGUCGGGGUGCUAGUGUCUCUGAAACUGAGAAGGAAAGAGAUCGGGGUGCUGGUGUCUCCAAUACUGAGAAGGAAAGAGAUCAGGGUGCUGGUGUCUCUGAAACUGAGAAGGAAAGAGAUCGGGAUGCUGGUAUCUCCGAAACUGAGGAGGGAAGAGGUCGGGGUGCUGGUGUCUCGGAAACUGAGGUGGAAAGAGGUCGGGGUGCUGGUGUCUCCGAAACUGAGGAGGAAAGAGGUCGGGGUGCUGGUGUCUCCGAUACUGAGAAGGAAAGAGGUCGGGGUGCUGGUGUCUCCGAACCUGAGAAGGAAAGUGGUCAGGAUGCUGGUGUCUCGAAAACUGUGGACAGAGGUCGGGGUGCUGGUGUCUCUGAAACUGAGAAGGAAAGACGUCGGCGUGCUGGUGUCGUGGAGACUGAGGUGGACAGAGGUCGGGGUGCUGGUGUCUCGGAAACUGAGAUGGAAAGAGGUCGUGGUUCUGGUGUCUCCGAAACUGAGAAAGAAAGAGGUCGGUAUGCUGGUGUCUCCGAAACUGAGAAGGAAAGAGGUCGAGGUGCUGGUAUCUCCGAAACUGAGAAGAAAAGAGGUCGGUAUGCUGGUAUCUCCGAAACUGAGAAGGAAAGAGGUCGAGGUGCUGGUGUCUCGGAAACUGUGGACAGAGGUCGAGGUGCUGGUGUCUCCGAAACUGAGGAGGAAACAGGUCAGGGUGCUGGUGUCUCAGAACCUGAAAAGGAAAGAAGUCGGGGUGCUGGUGUCUCCGAAACUGAGAAGGAAAGAGGUCGAUGUGCUGGUGUCUCGGAAACUGAGAUGGAAAGAGGUCGUGGUGCUGGUGUCUCCGAAACUGAAAAGGAAAGAUGUCGGUAUGCUAGUGUUUCAGAAACUGAAAAUGACAGAAGUCGGGGUGCUGGUGUCUCCGAAACUGAGAAGGAAAGAGGUCAGGAUGCUGGCAUCUCGAAAACUGUGGACAGAGGUCGAUGUGCUGGUGUCUCGGAAACUGAGAUGGAAAGAGGUCGUGGUGCUGGUGUCUCCGAAACUGAAAAGGAAAGAUGUCGGUAUGCUAGUGUUUCAGAAACUGAAAAUGACAGAAGUCGGGGUGCUGGUGUCUCCGAAACUGAGGAGGAAAGAGGUCAGGGUGCUGGUGUCUCCGAAACUGAGGAGGAAAGAGGUCGGUAUACUGGUGUCUUCGAAACUGAAAAGAAAAGAAGUUGGGGUUCUCGUGUCUCCGAAACUGAGAAGGAAAGAGGUCAGGAUGCUGGUUUCUCGAAAACUGUGGACAGAGGUCAGGGUGCUGCUGUCUCGGAAACUGUGGACAGAGGUCGAGGUGCUGGUGUCUCCGAAACUGAGAUGGAAAGAGGUCGGUAUGCUGGUGUCUCCGAAACUGAGAAGGAAAGAGGUCAGGGUGCUGGUGUCUCUGAAACUGAGGAGGAAACAUGUCGGGACUCUGGUGUCUCCGAUACUGAGAAGGAAAGAAGUCGGCGUGCUGGUGUCGUGGAAACUGAGGUGGACAGGGGUCGGGGUGCUGGUUCAGCUGAGAAAAGGAAAAUAGACAAGGCUUUUGGAGAGAAGCGUGGAAAUUGUUUUGGUGGUGGAAGAAAAUGGAGGAGAGAUCAAAGUACCAUUGGAGGUGGAGAUAGAGGAGACAUUGAUGAGGAAAGUGGAGGAGAAGACGUUGAUGGAAAGCAGGGAGGAAGGUGGGAGGGAUUUCAGUAUAUGACUAGAGACGGAGGAGGCGCUGUGGUCGGUGGAGGAAGAGAAAGACGGUUCAGAGAUGGCUCUGUUGGUGAAAAACAGGGCGAUUGUGGUGAUGGCGGUGGUAAAAUAUGGAAGAAAUACCAUUACAACACUGAAGGAAUGGAUAAAGGAAACGAUGACGUUUGCGGAGGAAUAGAGGUGGGACUCGGAGAUGGUGCUGUAGUGGGAAUGCAGGGAGAAUGUGAUAGCAAUGAAGACGAAAGGAGAGGAGAUCGUUGUACUGGAGGAAGAGAAGGAGAUGGCACUGUCAAAACAGCGCAGCCACAAUACGUUGAUGGUGGCAGAAUGCGGACAGGAGAUUACAUCAAAAGAGAAAGAAUUACGAAAAGAGGACAAAGACUGAGCGUAGAUGAUGGCGACGGACACAGAACAGAUGCUGUUGAUGGAGAUGGACAGAACCUGGUGGUGGACAUCGUUGCAGAUGUUACCAAUGUGCAGAACGGCCAUUCCAACAUCAUAGUACAUCAAACAGUACAUGUCAAGAAUCUGAUUGUAAUGCCAAGACGUGUUGGAAGAAGAAGGAAGCUUCGGCCAAGGUCACGGAAGGUAGCCACAAGAUGUACGCAGACCGUUGGUGAGGUGGCCAAGGUCACACGACGUUCACAGACUGUUGGUGAGGUGGCCAAGGUCACGCGACAUACACAGACUGUUGGUGAGGUGGCCAAGGUCACGCGACAUACACAGACUGUUGGUGAGGUGGCCAAGGUCACGCGACAUACACAGACUGUUGGUGAGGUGGCCAAGGUCACGCGACAUACACAGACUGUUGGUGAGGUGUCCAAGGUCACACGUCAAACCAAGUCUGUGAGACGCUACUUGAGGCCACACUGCCAAGAUCAGAAGGUCAAAGAAAAUCUCACGAUUUGGUUCCACGUUUUAGUUCAAAUCGAGAUCCUGGUGGUCCUGAUUGUGAUAAUGUUCAUGCAGCAUUAAUUCAAUCCUAACAUUUGCUGCAUGUAAACGCGUGCGCAGGAGGGUGUAUAACAAUUCAAGAGUGUGUUAUAUGCCGGAAAUGUGUAAAACAGUUGUUUUACUUGAAAUAGGUAUACGACACGUUGAUUUUGCAAGUAAUAUUAUAAAAAUAGAAUUCAGAUUGAAUUCAUACCUUCCGAAAAAAUAUUUAUGAGAUUUAUGUUCAACUAAGUGAUUUACCUAUUUGUAAAC